AUGAGAAGUCUGGUGUUUCUCCUCUUUGUGGCUUUGGCCAACGCAAGAAUCUACCAGCGUUGUGAAUGGGCCCGAGUGCUGAAGAAUAAUGGGAUGGACGGCUAUAAUGGCUACAGCCUGGCCAACUGGGUUUGUCUGACCCAGCAUGAGUCGAACUAUAACACCGCAGCCAUCAACAAAAACACUGAUGGAUCCACUGACUAUGGCAUCUUCCAGAUCAACAGUCGCUGGUGGUGUGAUAACGGCCGCACCCCAACGUCGAAUGCAUGCCACAUCCGGUGCAGCGAGCUUCUGACCAAUGAUGUCAGUGUGGCAAUCAAUUGUGCCAAACGCGUCGUUAGGGAUCCCAACGGCAUCGGAGCCUGGGUGGCCUGGCUCCGUUACUGCCAGAACCGCGACCUGAGCUCCUAUGUGGCAGGAUGUGGUCUUUAAUCAACACAUGGAAGCAGGACAGUGUCAUCAGCAUAA